UUGUUGACCGGUAGACACACGGUGAAUCACAUAUAAAACAGGAGAAAGAUCACGAAGGUCUCACUCACGAAGUAAACUUCUCGAACAAAAUUUGGACAUAAAACCUGGUGCGCAAUUACGCGCCCGGAGACGCUGGUCACGCUUUGUGUUCUUUAACUGUAAAAAAUAUAGUCUUGCUUUAACUGAUCGUGGACAUCUGACAGCAAUCUUUUUGGGACACAAAUUCUCCAACUUUCCAAGUUUCACCAUGGCAGAGGGGGAUUUCUAUCCUACGGGCAACCGACAGAGAGUCGCGCGGGAUCCGUUCAGGGAACAGUCGCUCGCGUCGCGGUUCAUGGGCGAUGACUUUGGACUGUCGCCGUUUCCCGACGACUUAUCUAUGGACUGGCCUGGCUGGGCGCGACCUCGAUUGAGCGCGCGCCUCGACGCGCCCUGGAGCGGCUCGUUGCGCACGGGCUUCCCGAUGACAAGCAUGGGCGCCCCGCAGGGUUUCAGUUCUAGGUACAGCGAGAGCCCUCGCAGAACCAGCUCGCCCCUGAGCAACCCGGACGAGCCGUGGAAAGUGUGUGUGAACGUGCACAGCUUCAAUCCAGAGGAACUUAAUGUCAAAACUAAAGACGGUUUUGUAGAGGUGUCAGGAAAACACGAGGAGAAGCAAGAUGAGGGCGGAAUUGUUACCAAAAACUUCACAAAGAAAAUUCAGAUACCAACCGAUGUGGAUCCUCUCACUGUGUUUGCUUCUUUAUCUCCGGAGGGGGUUCUCAUUAUUGAAGCCAGACAGACCCCUCCGUAUUACCUUUACUGCAACGAGAUGCCCGCAGAACCCAUAGAAGAACCUGAGGCAAGACCUCAGGAACCCAGCAUGGCUUAAACUCCAACUCUCUGAAGUUCAGAACUGACAGGGAGAUAGCAGGGUUUCUCUUGGCCGUGGUAUUUGUUCCAAGCAAGUGCUAAAAUGUCUAGUUUUAUCAUUUUUAUCCAUUUUCUUAAUCAAAAAGUCAUUAAUUUGUUAACAAAGCUAGUGAAUUCAGCUCUGUAGUCCAUACAUUGAUUGUUUUUUACAUGGUACGCGAUUGGAUCAAAUACCCUUAGCCUUUAGUCACUAAAUGGAUGAAGAUAAACAAAUGCAAAAGUGGUACCAAUUCGGUAGCAAGGGAAAGACGAAGCCAGCUUUCUGUACUGAAAAGUGUUGUAAUUGAUUGAAGAAGUUCUGCCAGACAGCCAGUCUUAAAUUAGACACGCCCCUAAAGACACGCACACACUGUAAAAAAAUAAUUUUGGUUUAAUCUAACGAAGUAAGUUAGCUGGAGUUAAUUAGUUGACACAAUAUUUUUAUUCAACUUUUUUGAGUCAACUAAUAUUUUUAAGUCAAAUCAACCAGUUAACUUACUUUUAAGUUAAACCAACAAAAACAUUUUUACAGUGUAGAGACAGUGAGUUGUAAUUGGAGACCAUCUUAAUGUCACAUGUUGGAAAAUUUUGAUCAAUGUGACCCAGUCUGUGAACACCCAGCUAAAGUCACUUUUUAUUAAUUAUUAUAUAAAGAGAGUUUUACUAACUUGCUUAGCAAGAUUUUCAUCAAUCUGUUGCUCUGCCAUUAUGAAAGUUCACCUUUUAAUAGAAAACUUACUACUAAUUAUAUUUAUUUUAAAGUCGUGACCCUGUUUGUAAACUCCAAAAGUCCCAUAAUCUCAUAAUGUUUAUUGAUGUCACAACGAUUUUAAUCUUUAAUCUUGACCUUAUGUCAAUAUUAAAGAUAUCAAGGUUAUAUUCCCAUACGGCAAAAAAAAUAUAUAUAUAUUCAAUUUUAAAUAUGUUUUUGAAAAUGUAUACAAAUUUGCCAAAAAUAUAUGUUCUGAAAUUUGUUCACAAAAAUGUAUUUUUCAACAAUAUAUAAUAUUUUUAAAACAUUAAUAUUUGCAUUGCAUUGGAGAAAAAACUUUGUAUGUUACAAACCUGUAAACAACAGGUUUGAAAAGGUUCAAAUUAAAAAUAUUUUAAACUGCAAUAAUAUAUUUAUACUUUUUAUAUUUUAUAUAUAGGCCUACUUAAACAUUUUAUACAAACUUUUAUAUUCAGGCUUGGAAAAUAUAUUUUUUGCAGUAUGGGCUGUAAAAUUAGAAAUGUAUUUGUUGUCCCUGAAAUAUGUUAAUAUAUGAAGUUUAAAACUAAAUUAAAAUUCAAAAUAUAUAUUUAAUAACGCUUUACUUUCUACAAAAUAUAUUAAGCAUAUAUUUAAAAUGUAUUUAUUUUUCGUAUGGGUUAUCACAGAAUGUCCUCCAUUACGUAGAUGAUUUUAUGUAGAAAACAGUAAAUAACAAUGACUUUAGCUGGGUUUACACUGCAGGCAGGGUCACAUUUAUUAUACAUAAGUCAAUUUAAGUAGCUCUGUUUCUCAGUUAUUUUGGCCCCGAGUAUAAAUGUCUUGUGCAGAUCGUGGCUAUAUUUGAGUCAUCUGAAUAUGUGUCACAUUGAACUUUUGUAUGAGUGCGGGAGUUCUUUCUCAAGGGCUGUUAUUGUCUACUUUUUCUUUUUUGAUUUUUUUGUGCAUUUAUUUUGUGUAGAAUUGUAUGCUAUGCGUUUUUAUAUUUAAUAAAAUUUAUAAGAGUUAGCAUUUAAUUUUCUUUGCAAAUCUCUGUAUGGUUAAUACAUUGAAUAAAAUGAAUUACGUAUGA